GGGCAUAUCAUCAUGAAUCUUCUUGCAGAGUUCAGAAAUUAUCAGUAUACCUUGUCAGUUCAAGGUUGGUGGUUGAUAUGGAAGUUUAGAAAACCGGCAUAAAAAUUCCCAGCAACAGAUAAAAUGAGAUGAUGAAAGCCAUGAACAAGUCCAAUGAGCAUGUCCUGGCAGGAGGUGCCUGCUUCAAUGAAAAAGCAGAUUCUUAUCUUGUGUAUGUGCAGAAUGAUGAUGGAAAUGAUCAGACCCAGGCUAUCAGUAUUCACAAUCAGCCCAGAAAAGUGACUGGUGCCAGUUUCUUUGUGUUCAGUGGCACUCUGAAAUCCUUUUCUGGAUACCUUGCCAAGUCCAGUAUUAUGGAAGAUGGCGUUAUGGUCCAGAUCACUGCAGAGAACAUGGAUUCCUUGAGGCAGGCACUGCGAGAGAUGAAGGACUUCAGCAUCACCUGUGGGAAGGCGGACGCAGAGGAACCCCAGGAACACAUCCACAUCCAAUGGGUGGAUGAUGACAAGAACGUUAGCAAGGGUGUCGUAAGUCCUAUAGAUGGGAAGUCCAUGGAGACUAUAACAAAUGUGAAGAUAUUCCAUGGAUCAGAAUGUAAAGCAAAUGGAAAAGUCAUCAGAUGGACAGAGGUGUUUUUCCUAGAAAAUGAUGACCAGCACAAUUGCCUCAGUGAUCCUGCAGAUCACAGUAGAUUGACUGAGCAUGUUACCAAGGCUUUUUGCCUUGCUCUCUGUCCUCACCUGAAGCUUCUGAAGGAAGACGGAAUGACCAAACUGGGACUACGUGUGACACUUGAUUCAGAUCAGGUCGGCUAUCAAGCAGGGAGAAAUGGCCAGCACCUUCCCUCGCACUACAUGAAUUAUCUGGACAGCGCCUUGGUGCCAGUGAUCCAUGGAGGGGCCUGCCAGCUCAGUUUGGUCCAAGUGACUGCUCAUGAACAUACGGGAUCUGGCUAA